CGAGUUGCGGUUUUCGGGGAGAAAGAAUCAUCGUCUGGCGCGGCGUCGUGUUUUAGUUGUGCUGUUUCUGCCUUUGGAUAACAUAACAUCACUGGUCCGGUAGGCGGUUUACACGCAUAAGGAGCGCAAACAUGAAGUUCAUGAAAACCUGCUGUUGUGGCUGUUGUACAGUUGAGACUGGAACCAAAAUACUGGGCAUCCUCGGAGCUAUAUCAUUCACUUCACAACUAUUCGGUACAAUCUCCGGUGCGAUGGAUUCUGACUACAGAGCGGUGGCACAGUACAUCCAGAUUGAGAAGGUGCCUUUUAAACUUCAUGACUUCGUUGUGACCCACGCUGUCUUCUCUGCAAUUGGUCUCCUUGUGUGCAUCCUCUGCACUGUGGGAGCUUUCCAGAGGCGACGCAACUUCCUCAUUCCUUACUUGGUGGUUGAGGCGAUCAUCCUCGUUGAACUUGGAAUCAUCAUCAUUUUGCUUGCUGUUCUUUGCGGCGUGGUCGGUGCGAUCGAUACGAGCCAGAGCUUGGACCCGGAAAACGCUGAAGGUGCCCGGAUGGGACAGACGGUUGUUGUUGCAUUCGUGGCAUCGUUGGCUGUUUCACUCCUCAUCACAUUAUUCAUGGCCAUCUACUAUUUCAUUGUGGUCCUGUCAUUCUACAAGGAGCUCGAGGCAUCUGAACGCAACCCGCAACCUUCUGUAGCGUACUGCAGUGUGCCUGGCAAUGUCCCUCCUGGCUACCCACCUCAAGGAUACCCACAGUCUGGUGGAGGACCUCCUCCAGGUUAUGGUCCCCAAGGUGGUUUCUACCCUCCUCUUCCUGAGCAUAAGGGAGAUGUUGUGUAAAACAAGAAUAUUUGCUUUGUGUGUUAGAUGUUAUCUGCGUGAGCAAGUGUGAUUGCAUACUUGUAUAAGUGUGCAUAUGCAUAAGUGUUGCUCGAAUUUAUUUUUCGUUGUCUUGAGAUGCCAACUUCGUAUGCACAGCCAACUUUUUCUCUCCUAAUGUCUUGAAUGUUUGAAAAAGUGACAUUCAUUUUUGUGGUGGUGCCAUGCAGUAAUGAUAUUCUUCUUCGAGGAUCUGUAUCUGCUGAACUGGAUGAAAGUGUAUUGGAUAUGUCGUUGAAAAACACUGAUAGAGGAUUACGAAUCGAACAUUCCUUCUCCGGUGACCUUAAGGAAAGUUUAAAAUUUUACAAACAAGAGAUAUUAGGAAUACUGAUGCAAAUAUUUGUCUAGGGUAGUCUGUGAAAUGGAAAAAGGGACGCAGUAACCUACGAGAAGCAAAUUCAACAUUUCAACAACACGCCUGUAUCAACCGUUGUGAUACGUCAAGUAACGAUACACAUACUCUUACGCCAUACUCUAGCAGCUACUCCCAUGUUCGCUGGCGAUAGCAAGUCAUCGUCCCCAUCUUCGCAACUCUGUGCCUUUUUCCAUGCAUGUCCCGUAACGCUGCACAAAAUAACUGAACCUAUUAAGGAAGGUUCAGCUUUUGCAAUGCCCUCCAAUAGGCUGUAGUUUAUGCACAGUUCUGGUACACCUGCAUGCCUAACGCUAGGACACGCAGUGAUUUUACUGUGGUGGCUCCGGUAUGGAACGACACAAGUAUUCCUCGGGUGCUGCAAUCCAUUGCAUAUGACAUUUUUGGUCCUCGUCUUUCACAAAGCUUUACGCGCACGGAUUACGGUGGAAUUCCACACAAAGGUGCCGUUGUCUGCGUAUAUUGCCAAGGCCCGCAGGUAUGGGCAGGUACCAGUGUUGGUUCCAGCCAGCCUUGGUGAAGAUACACAUGGCCUAUAGCCGACACGAGCUCACCAUGAUUUCACCAAACACCAUAGCUGUCACUCGUGUAGUCAUAUGCGCUUGUGAAACUACACAACCACCUCGUCAGCUCAGCAGACUCAUCUGACUGUCGGCUUGGAAAACGUGCUUGUCGCCGCCUUACAACUUUUCAUGACAUGUAUAAAACUGCUGCAGCGCAUGUCUUAUGCAUGAUACUCCACUUGUUGUGUUGUUGAAGAAACAUUGUUUGCCUAACUGUUGCUGCUGCCUUAUAUUUGUAGCCCUUGCCCAAGGCUUGGCAGAAUUAAGAGGAAUGCAUAUUUUUUUCUAUCAAAAUGCUAUAUUUUCUUGAGCCCCACUCUCUUUAGCUAAUUUCAUUCACUGUUCAGGUGUUACGAGUCUAUUCACGUUGCGGGAUUAGGGUGUAGUCUGUUGUGCAAUAUUAUGAAAAUUUGUUGCUACCGUACUAUUUCAUCAGCUUAUGGAUACAAGGAAAAUUUACGUUUCUGUUGCUUUUUGCUCCACUGUCAUUGCGAAAAGUACAAAUAAAGAUGAUAACUGUUGAA